AGCCGCGGUUUAAUUGGGGCUGUCAGGCCGCGGCGCGCGCGGAGGGCCGGGCGGGACGGAGGCCGGGAGGCCGGGGCGGCGGGCGCGCAGCUCGGCGGGAGGCGGGCGCCCGGAGACGCGGCUGGGGCCCGCGCGGCCGGGGCGCCGUCCCAGGGCAGGGCUGCCCGGCCCCUGCCCCGGGCCGCCCGCGCUCCCCAUGAAAAACCAGCUCCGCGGCCCCCCAGCGCGGGCGCACAUGUCGGCCUCGGGGGCGUCGGCUGCUGGGGACACCGGGGCGGGGUCGGAUCCCGGUGCGGGGUCCGGGUCCGGCGCUAGCACCGGCGCGGGAGCUGCGACGGGUGCGGGAGCCAUGCCCUGCAAGAGCGCCGAGUGGCUGCAGGAGGAGCUGGAGGCGCGCGGCGGCGCGUCCCUGCUGCUGCUCGACUGCCGGCCGCAUGAGCUCUUCGAGUCGUCGCACAUCGAGACGGCCAUCAACCUGGCCAUCCCCGGCCUCAUGCUGCGCCGCCUGCGCAAGGGCAACCUGCCCAUCCGCUCCAUCAUCCCCAACCACGCCGACAAGGAGCGCUUCGCCACGCGCUGCAAGGCGGCCACCGUGCUGCUCUACGACGAGGCCACGGCCGAGUGGCAGCCAGAGCCCGGCGCUCCUGCCUCGGUGCUUGGCCUGCUCCUGCAAAAGCUUCGCGACGACGGCUGCCAGGCCUACUACCUCCAAGGUGGUUUCAACAAGUUCCAGACAGAGUAUUCAGAGCAUUGUGAGACCAACGUGGACAGCUCGUCCUCACCAAGUGGCUCACCACCCACCUCAGUGCUGGGCCUGGGGGGCCUGCGGAUCAGCUCUGACUGCUCAGACGGAGAGUCAGACCGAGAGUUGCCCAGCAGUGCCACUGAGUCGGACGGCAGCCCUGUGCCAUCCAGCCAACCAGCCUUCCCCGUCCAGAUCCUGCCCUACCUCUACCUCGGCUGCGCCAAGGACUCCACUAACCUGGACGUGCUCGGCAAGUACGGCAUCAAGUAUAUCCUCAAUGUCACGCCUAACCUGCCCAAUGCCUUUGAGCACGGUGGCGAGUUCACCUACAAGCAGAUCCCCAUCUCUGACCACUGGAGCCAGAACCUCUCCCAGUUCUUCCCUGAGGCCAUCAGCUUCAUUGACGAGGCCCGCUCCAAGAAGUGUGGUGUCCUGGUGCACUGCCUAGCAGGGAUCAGCCGCUCGGUGACCGUCACCGUGGCUUACCUGAUGCAGAAGAUGAACCUGUCACUCAAUGACGCCUACGACUUUGUCAAGAGGAAAAAGUCCAACAUCUCGCCCAACUUCAACUUUAUGGGGCAGCUGCUGGACUUCGAGCGGACGCUGGGGCUAAGCAGCCCAUGCGACAACCACACCCCCAGCGAGCAGCUCUACUUCUCCACGCCGACCAACCACAACCUGUUCCCACUCAACACCCUUGAGUCCACGUGAGGCUGGGGCACAGGUGGGUGGGGCCGGCCCCUCCCGACCCCCCUUGGGCCAGGUGAGCUGCCCGCUCCUGCUGUGUCCGGCCGGAACCCAGACAUCAUCGGACAUGGCCUGUGCCCAGAGGCCCAGGCUGGUGGGUGGCUGAGCUUCCCUCGCUGCCCUGGGGAGGGCAGAAACCACAGCAAGGCCUCUCUCUGCAGGACUUUGUGGAGAGGCCCUGAGCUCUGAGACACAUGGCCCUGGGAGUCCAGCAGGGCCUCAUCCUUGUCCUUGUCCCAGGACACUCCAUCAGCCAAUGGCCCAGCCAGUUUGGCUAUUUUUUAAAGACACAUCCACGGACCUGAGUUUACUUUUUACUUUUGGCAGGUAAAUCCAAGCUCCCUGGAGCACGGCGAGUGUUCAAGCUCUUCUUGAUUUUUCUUUUUUAAUGAAAAGUGUUAUUUUCAGGCUACAUACAACAGUGGAUUGUAUAAACCAGUAUUUCAUCCCUUCCUUGAUCCUGAGAGAGAGAGAGAGAGAGAGAGAGAGAGAGAAAUGUUCUCAGUUUUGUUUUUUCUUCCUAUUUCAAAAAGCAAUUAUUGGUUUUUGUUUUUGUUUUUAAUGGAAAAGACAAACCCCGUGUUGAUCUUGACCAAAUGCGUUUUGCACAUGUGUGAAGCCUCCGUUUCUGCAGCAGGUCCUUCUUGAAGGGGUGGCCUGCUGCUCUCUUAGUGUCAGACCCCCCCACCCCCAGUCAUGCACACCCCUCGGCCUAGCCCCCUUGGCACUGCAGUUGCCCGUGAUGACCUCUGCAAGGCGUAAUAGGUGGGCUGCCCUAGGUGGCCUCUGCAUUCUCUGCCCUCCAGCGGCCCCUGCAGACCCCCUGAGGCAGGAGAUGGGAGGCCCUGCCGCUGCCCUGCUGGAGGUGGGGUCGUGGGGGACUGCCAAGCAGUAGCAUUAGCCCUCUGGGCUCAGCCCGUAGGAGGGUCUGGGCCCCGGGCCCUUCCUAUACGUACCCACUACUUCUGUCUCUCUCUCCCUGUUUGUGACUGAGAGUGGAGGCCCAGUGGCUGGCGGGGGAAGCUUCGGUGGUGGAGGCCCAGCCCUACCUCCUAGUUUCUGUCCCUCACUCUGGCUGUUGCUUUGGUCCAGCUCUACUCCCAGCCCCCUUGUCCCGUGGAAGCUUGCCCUGCACUCAUCUUGCCCAUGCCUUCUACUACCAGGAAACUCGCACCCGUUUCAAUCCCAGGGCAGGGGCGGAAGGGGCGAGAAUGGACAAGUGAACGGGGUGUGGGGCUCUGUCCACGCCCCUCCUAGGAUCCACAGAACAAAGCCACGGAUUCCGUUAUCCUCUCCAGUUUUGUUCCUUCUCCAGCCUCAAUCCCUCCAGGUGUCAGGACUACAGGGGCCCGGGGAGAGGUGAGUAGUCAGGCUGGGGUCCCUGAGCAAGCCGGCACUUGGCAUGUGAGUGAGGCCAUGGAAACUCUGCCCCACUGCAUCUUACCUCACGGGGCGGUUUUCAGGGAUUCUUUAAGGCAGCGGAUUAAAAUCUUGCCACAGUCGAGAAAUUGACGAAAAGCUUCCAUGCUGUACAUGGUUCUUUCUCUUUUUUACUUUUAAAAAGAAAAACCCAGAAAGAUGCAUCAGAUUUGUGUAAAUGAGAGUAUGCCAAGAGGGUGGCCAGUUUUGCUUUAUGAUCUUAUGAAGGAAAAUUUGUGACCCUACAUAUAUAUACAUACACACAUACAUAUAUAUAUCCCGAACCAGCAACGGGACUUUGUUUAUAUUGCAAAUAAAUAUUAUUUUUUCUUUAAAACAA